GGCGAGAAGAAGAAGCCUUCGAGGUUGUGAAGAAACUCCACGGAAAGAAGGACAAUGAGGAAUUCAUCAAGCUUGAAUUUGCCGAGAUGUAUGUGUACAGGGUUGAGCAGAUCAAGUCCGAGAAGGCAAACUACCAGACCAAGGCUAUGUUAAGGCGUACUUUAACUGGAAUGGCUGUUCAGAUCUGCUGUCAGUUCACUGUGUAUGCUGCCCUCGGUCUCAGCGGACCUAAGGUCCUUCUCAUCACUGGUAUCAAUGGUGCCUUGGGUGUGAUC